CGAAAAACCAGUAUAAUAUGAAGCAAACAGUCUAAAAUUAUAAAAACUAAUUAUGAAUUUUAAUGAAUAUAUUUUUCAAAGUUAAGUAUUUUUGAUGGUAUUUAAUAAAAUGUGUUUUAUAGUCUUAUUAAUACAUUCAAGAAUUAUUUAUUGAGUGUUAUGAAUCAAGUGAUUUUUAUAAUCAUAAGUACGAUAAUGCUUGCUAAUCAACAAAGUGAAAAUAAUUAUAAUUGUUUUGUUUUAUUUGAUCCUCAAGACAUAUUAAUAAUUUUUAAAUAUAUCAGACACUUUGAAUAUAUAAUUAUUCUAAUAAAUUUGGAUAUUUUGAUGUGAUAUUAUAUUUUACAUGCAUCUUUGUUAUUCUUUUUACUAAUAUAAAUUAAUUAAAAUUAAUUAAAAGAAGAAUAAAUAUAUAUUUUUUUUAAAAUGUCAGAUUUAUCAACAAAUGACAGGCUUAUAUUAAAUAACAUGGAUUUUCAAAAUCAUACCAAUUCACGUCCAAAAUUUCAACCAAUACGAGUAAAAGAAUUAUUACAUUUUUGUGAAAGCGAUGAUGAUGAAAGCGAAGACAAACCACAAGAUUCUGAUAUUGAAUCAGAUUUUGAUGAUCCUCAACCUUUACCACAAGAUGUUGAACAUGAUUCAAUUCAAUCAUUAUCUUUGCUUAAUCUAACAUCUAAUAAAUUAAAGGAAACUUGUAAAGAAUCUAUAUCAUUUAAUAAUAUUAUAGAAUGUGAGCCUGAAAUUAAAUCAACAUUUCAUGAAUAUGAACAUAAUAUGACAAAUGAAAAUGUGAAAUGUGAAAAUUCAAAUCAAAUGCAAUUAAAUAUUCAAACUAUUACACAAGAAAAACUUUCACAAACUGAACACAAAAAUAAAUACAUUACUAAUAUAGAAAUUAAAGAACAAUUGACUCAGGAUCAAUUUUUAGAUCAACAAACUUCUUCUAAAAUAAACAAUAAUACUGAAUCUAUUGCUUCUACAUUUCAAUAUUUUGAAAAGGUACCACAAUUUGGAAUGCAUAAUUUACAGAAUAUAAAUUGCAAAAAAGAAGCAUUAGAAUCAGUAGAAGAAAAAUUAGCAUCUGUAGCAAGUGAAGAGAAAAUUCAUUAUGAAAAUGUAUCUUCCAAGGGUAAAUCAUUAAUAUCAGAUACAGGAACAUUUGUAAAUUCUACUGAUCAGUGGUUACAAACUCCUUUAAAACAUGCAUCUAAUUCUAUACAUCCAGAUCCAUGUUUCUCUCGUAGAAAUAUUAUUCAAACUCCACAAAACAAAUUAUCUGAUUCAGUAUCUAAAGAUCAUGGAUUAGCUUUAACAAUUUCAUCUCAUUGGUCUCAAAAUAAUACAAAACAAACUCCAUUACAAAACAAGAAUAUUAAUUUCAAAGAUUCUAUGCAAACUCCAAAAAAUUCUCUUUACUUUACAUCAAACGUAGGAAAGAAUGAAACUCCAAGAUAUUUCGAUACAGGAGGUAAAUUAAGAAAACCUUUAGUAGACACAGGAAGUUUUACACAAAAUGAUACUUAUAAUAGACAUUUAUUACAAGGAUCUCAAUUUCCUAAGGUAAAUGAAGAAACACCUAAAAUUCAAAAUAAAUCAUCAUGUGAAAAUUUAAAUAAAGCAGAUUUGUCAAAACAAAUAUUUGAUACAUCAGAAACUGUUGAGCAUCUGGAAUUAAAAGAAAAAAAAUAUAAUCAAAGUAAAAAGGAUAUAUUACCAGAUAAAGAAACAAUAAAUAAAAUAGCAAAUAGUAGACAUAUUCCACAUUGUAUCAAAAACAAUAAAGAAACUGUAAAAUCAGUAUUUCAGAAUCAACAUUCAGAAGUUAGUAAUCAAAAUCAACAUCAAGAAUUUAAAAAAGUUAUAGAUAAUCCGUUAAAUUUACAAUUUUCAAUGCCAUCUAAUAUUCCAAAAUCUAGGCAAAGUAGAACUCUUUUUGUUAAAGGAAAAGAGUAUUUAAUUUUGGGUACACUUGGUCAAGGUAUGAGUGGAGAAGUUUUAAGAGCACAAGAUUUAUCUUCUCUCGAGUUAUGUGCUAUUAAAUGUGUUAAUCUUAAUCGUAUGGAUAAGGACUCAGCACAAGGUUGCUUAGAAGAAAUUUCAAUGUUACAUAAAUUACAAGCACCAUGUGUUGUUAAAAUGUUUGAUUAUGAAAUUAAAUAUCCGAUGGUAUAUGUAGUAAUGGAAAUGGGAGAUACUGAUCUCAGUCGCCUUUUAAAAACAACAUCUCAAGAGAAACAAAUUCCUCUUACAAUGAUUUUAUAUUAUUGGACAGAAAUGUUAACAGCUGUUAAGCAUAUACAUGAUAAUGGAGUAAUUCAUUCUGAUUUAAAACCAGCAAAUUUUUUAUUAGUACGGGGACGAUUGAAACUUAUAGAUUUUGGAAUUGCUUCUAGUAUGAAUGCUGAUAUGACAUCUGUUGUAAAAAACUGUCCAAUAGGAACUUUAAAUUAUAUUAGUCCAGAAGCAUUAAUGGAUAUUGGUGGAAAUUCAGAUUCUCCUACACAGAAUGUUAAAUAUAAAAUAAGUUUUAAAUCAGAUGUAUGGUCUUUAGGAUGUAUUUUAUAUAGUUUAGUAUAUGGCCAUACACCAUUUCAUCAUAUUCGAUCACAAUGGGCUAAAGUAAAUGCUAUAACCAAUCCAAACUUGAAUAUACCUUUUCCUAAAACUUUGUCAGAAAAUGGUAAUAAAGUUACAUUUUCACCACCAAUUUUAAUUGAUGUAAUGCGAAAGUGUCUUCAACAUAAUCCAAAAGCACGACCAACAGUAGCUGAACUUUUAGAAGUAGAAUAUAUUAUGACUACAGGAGAACAUACUUCAAUAACACCUCCUGAAAUUCCAGCAAAUAUUUUAGUGAAAAUAAAGCAUACAUUGAAUGAAGACGAAUGGCGGCAGUUAAUAUGGAUUUUGGAGAAUAGAAGAUAGAUAUAAAUAAAAUACUUCUAAUUAUCUCAGAUUAAAUAUUUCUAAUUAUGUACAUAGGUCUUUUUAUACAUAAUAAUUGGCAAUAAUGGAGGGCUUAUUUAAAUAUAUAUAUAUAUAGUAAAGUAUGGGAUUAUUCACAAUAGUUGUUAAAAAUAUGAGAUUGUACCAUGAUACGAUUUUAAUUUGAAAUCUACUUAUGUUUAUUUAUAUGAUAUACAUUAAGUAGAUAAAUUAUUGUAAAUGAAACACGGAUGACUAUUAAAUUAAAAUAUCUUUCAUUUUAUUAUCACACAUUCAUGCAUACAAAUGACUUUGUUAACAGAAUUCAUAGCAUUCACGAGUAGCUAUUGUGCUAGACAGCUGCAUGAUUGGAAAUCUAAAAAUACAUAUCUACAUGUUGUUCGUGAAAUAAUGUACGCCGAAUCAAUUCCAUUGCAAUUAUUUUUAGACUUUAAAUAAUACAAAAGUAUGCAAUAUUUUCAUACUACCUUUUAAACGUAUAAAAAAACGCAAAAA